AAGAGGAAGGAAGAAGCAGCGGGAGCAUGUGGUUUGGGCUAACAUCAUCAUUACUAAUUUUCUAGUUUUAACAUCACUGAAAGUUGUCUUUUGUUAAGCGGCACAAGUGUCAUGUUUUAUGUUUGAACGAGUCGUUUUAUAUUUCCACAGUUCGAGUAAAAAGGUUCACAGGAACUACAGCGUAAAGCUGCUGUAGUGCUCCCAUCUUCUUACUGUUUGUGACCAUGAUGAGGGCUUUGCGAUUCUUCAGCCGGUGGUCUCCAGGGCAACAUCACAGAUUUCAGGUGACGACAUUGGUCAGACAUGUACCUAAUGAUAUUCCUCGAGUCGCACCUAAUUGGGGCACAAGGCAGAUGAAGACCUGGCUGUCUGGAAGUGCUGUUAGUUCCGUACGGUUCUACUCGCAGGGUCCAGUUUCCAGUGAGACAGUGGAAGCGAAGGAGCACGUUUCCUCUCCACUAGCACUGAUGUCUGAUGCUGAGACUGCAGAGUCUAAGCAGAGCCAAAACUGGUUCCCUUCUGUUGACGAACUGCAGAACUGUUCCCGCCCAUCAGACGUGUUGGACCUGAUCAGUGAAUACAACGGCCCACAUCUAAAGACCAACAGCUGCCUGACUCGUAUGUGGACCACCGUGAAGAACAUGUCAAAGGAGGAGCAAAGCCGUGAGCUGCAGCUCAUGUUUGAGCAUCCUGAAUUUGAGAAGCUACUGCAAAAGGCCAUGAAUGCUGUGGGACAGAUGAGCACGAGUGACUUAUCUUACUCUCUUUGGGCGAUGGACAGACUGAGAGUGCCCCAACGUAGCCGUGUGGUCCAAACAUUUCUCCGAGCCUGCCAGGAAGAACUGAAUUACUUUGAUAACAAGAGUCUACGGAUCUUGGCAUCCUGUCUGGAGCAUAUGGACAGUAGUGUCAAUGUCAGUGCACUUAAGGAGGGAAUGAGGAUGCAAGCUGAGAACAGUCUUACCACUGUCAAAGAUCCUGCGACUUUGCAGACAGUGAUAUUUUUGUUGGGGAAAGACAUUCCACUGUAUCUGAAAGGGAAACUAGAGAGAAAGGCUUUCAUGAUAACAGACCAGUUGAGUAGCGAUGAAGCCCUGGAUUUGAUGUCGACUAUGGCUGCAGUGGGGUUCUUUUCCAAACCAUUACUAGACAUCUACAGUGAGAAAAUCACAGAAAACAUCAAUGGACUGUCGUUGAGAAAGCUGUUAACAGUGUUGCACUCCUGUAGGACUCUGCAAUAUAGAAACGUAAACCUGCUCACUGCCAUUUCAAACUGGAUCAUGUCCAGAAUGGACCAAAUGAGCAAGAAAGAGUUGAUCCUCAUGCUGUCUGCAUUUGAGGGGAUCUUGUUUUGUCCAGCUGAUGUAUUGAGAGCAUUUGCUGAGAACAUUGUCUCCAACCGUGAACCUCUGAUGCGUAAAGACAUCGUCUGUGUGCUCAAAGUGUACUCUUCUCUCAACUAUGAUCUGCACGAUCUCAGACAGCAGUUUCUGGACAGGCUCACCGAGGCUCUAGAAUCCUAUUUGCCUGUGAUGUCUGUUCCUGAGUUGUUAAAGGCUGUUUACUGCCUGUGUCUCAUGGGUCAUUUCCCCACGGCACCUCUUGAACACCUGCUGCAGAACAGUACCCUGGAGCAGUUUAACGGUAUAGAAUCCAAGUUGCCCUUGGGCUUCCCAAGAAUGUUCCAGAUGGUGGACUUGUGUCUCCGUCUUGAUUGUCCUCCCCUCCCUCGGCAGCUAACUGUCCCUCAUCGUUUUCUGGAUUGCCCCCUGCCCACUCGUUUAUCAGUCAACCCGUGGCUCUCUCACAGCCUGCGGGUUUUGUUGGGGGAUCAGUCGGACAAGAUGCUACAAGAACACGUGGUGGUAGAGAACAUCUACCUCAUAGAUGCUGUAAUAACCAAACCGCUGCCGCUGAGUGAGAGAAGCAGCCUUGAAUCGGAUGGUGGUUCUGCACCAGAAAGCAGUCAAAGAAUUGCAGUUAUUUGUGCACCAGGGAGCUCUUUUUGUGGCAGCACUCUCCGAGGUCCCAAGGCUGUCAUGCUUCGUCAUCUGAAGGUUCUGGGAUAUCACCCUGUCUUGGUGCCGCAGCAUCAAAUGAAGUCUGUCUCUGAUGAAAAGAGGAUAGAUUUCCUCAGGAAUAUGAUCUUUCCAGAACAGCACAAACCAGACCAGACAGGCCAACGUGAAAUGGACGGACUGGAUUCUUCAAGACUGGAGUCUUCAGACUGAACGUCUUUAGACUGGUGCAGCAGCCUGUCAAUUAAUUGCAGACAAACUUUGUUGGGACAGUUUUGCAUAACUUAAUGCAGUCUGUUAAAAAAACAAACAAACAUACAUAUUAAGCAAAAAAAAAAAAAAAAUGUUUUCAAAGCUUUUAAAUGCAGCUGAGUCACACACAUUUGUUCUUUCAAUAAUAAUAAAGGAUUAGUUGAAACCACUGAGAAGGUGAGUGUUUCAACAGUGUCUUAAUUAUUUGCUGCAGAGGAGACAAAGUUUUCAUUUGCUUCAGAGGUGGAACAUUUAAAGAAAUUUGUUUCCCUCAAUUUGUAUAGGUUUGGUAUAGAGGUCACCUACCCUGCUCAUGGAGGUCAUCUGCCCUCCAUGUUUUCUGCUGCAACCACAGAUGAGUCAUUAAGUCUGGUAUUUCCCAGCUCAGUUGGCUAAGCACACCUGACCUAGUUAGUGGGUAAUGAGUAGUGGGGGUAGUGGUGGGGGGUCAGGGAGAGUUGGCAAACAUGCAGAACAGGUGAUCUGCAGGUGCAGACUUCGUAAUUCCUUGUUUUGAGCAGGGGUGGGCAACACGACCAAGACGCAUGUUGCUUCUUGCAACUGUCAUCAGAUCACCUCAGCAGGUGGUUUUACUGGUGAGCUCCUCAACUUAGAGUGAAUCGCCUGCUGAGGCAGACUAUUGACUAUUGCAAGUGAAAAACAGGUGUGUAUGAAAAAAAUAUGUGGCGUGAUGGUAUCUACAUUAUCUUUGGAGAUAUGCUGAGAUCUUUAUGAAAACAAUGUUAGUGCUGAUGUGAAUUUCUUGAGAUAAACAGAUAUUAAAAAAAAUAGUAAUGUGUAGAGUGUU